AUAUUUAGCGCUUGUACUUGUGUUAACGUUACGGCUAGUAGUACAAGUGCGAUGGUCCGUGGGGUUUUUGUCUGUGUUGCCGCAGGAGCUGGAAUUAUUUUUGCAGGGUAUUGUCUUUAUUUUGACAGAAAAAGACGGAGUCACCCGGAUUUUUGGAAAAAUCUCAGAAAGAAAAGGAUGGAACAAAAGGCUCUGGAAGCUCAGAAGUCAUCCUCUUUUCCAUUGCCACCUAUAAAUGACCAGGCUGGAAUGCAGAGAUUUUUUCUACAACAAAUACAACAAGGAGAGACAGCCCUGAGCAUGGGCUCUUUAGAUGAAGGCGUCAACCAUUUUGCUAUUGCGGUUGCUGUUUGCGGUCAACCUAAUCAGUUACUACAGGUUCUCCAACAGUCACUUAGCCCAACUGUGUUUCUAAGACUUAUUGAAAUCCUUCCUUCAGUGCAAUCUUUAUUGCUAACUGGACUUAUCAUUAUUCUGUUGUCACAUAAAUCGCAAGCUGACUUAGAUCCCUAUGAUAUGUUUGGAGGGCUUCCCAUGGACCAAGAACAGAGUGUGUCAGCUCUGCGAAGCAUGGAUUCUUUUUCGACUCCCACCAAUUCAUCGAAUUUUCUAGCUGCUAACCAUCAUCAAGAACUGCACAAAAUUCUUGUCCGAACUCUGUGGCGGAAUAUCAACCCAAGGAAUUUACCAAAUAUUCCAUCGAAAACCCCAAUUAAAGUUCAGUUGGAGUUUGUAUUGCAAGAGAAAGAUAUAUAUAUAUUAAGCAAGUACUGUAAUUUAAAUAACGACUCUGAAAACCGUGUAUCACCUGACUUAAUAAACGAUAUUUUUUCAGAAAUUGUUCGCCCGGUUGCUAUUUCGGACAAUCCAUAUUUGUUUCAGUGGUUCGUUAAUACACCGUCCUUCUGGAUGCUUUCAUUGUCUUGUACCAUUGCUUUUGUCUGGUUGCUAGUGAUCAUUUUCCGCUCUCGAUACAUAUUAUUCACGCUACUUCCUUGUGGGUUGUGUAUCCUAAUAUUUUGUCAAUCAGUUUACACAAAAUACAAUGCACGAUUGGCUCGAAAAAUGUCUGUCCUAUCUCGGCAUAAUGGUCCUCCUGAUGAUUGCAAACCUCUCCGUCACCAAACUUGGUCACAAGUGCUUGGUAAUUAUUUCUCCUCUCGUCCAGCGAACGACGAAUGUGCGCAUUACUAUGAAGAAUUGCUGUCGGAGCCGUUUCUAUCCACCAGUUUGUACGAAAUAUGUCUGGAACUAAUAAGUCAACCAGUUAUCUCAUUAUGUAAAAGUUUGGGUAUUGGGAUUGGACAAUUAUAUCACAAUUUGUCCGAAUAUGUCCCAUUUUGGAUUGCACCAUUCAUCUGUGCAUUCUGUAUGUUUAUGGGAGUUUUCGCCUUUGUUAAAUCAAUACACCGUUUUACUGGGCCUCCAUCACGCAGUCGCCGAGUGCGACACAAAAUCAAAUCGUCAUCAACACCAUCAAUUACUUCUUGAUGUUCGAUACGAGUUUCCGAUUUUACUUUACCUUACAUUUUUCUGUGAAUUUUGAGUAGUGAAUUUGUAUUUCCUUUUAUUUCUAUUCAAAUAAACGAUUACUCAAUUC